GACCGUAGCAUAUGAAUGCUCCUCGAAGUGAUUUCUCGUCUUCUGAUAUAUAGUGAUCUCUGAUUCUCUGAUUGGCAUCCGAUGUUUGUCACAGCUCAAUUCCUUCCUGCAUUUCCCGACAGCACAUUUCUUCCAUCACCUGUAGCUCAUGAUGACCAAGAAGAGAUCAACUCCAGCCAACCGCAACGACAAGACUGCUAGAUCUCACCCUCGUCAAAUAAGCCAGAGCUCAUCCGAGAAUACCGCGGUCACUCCUGUCAACCGAGAAGUCCAACCUGAGACCGCAAUGUCCACCACCGUCAACAAUAUUUGUACCGUCCUUGGAGGUGUCGUCCUCGGAGCCUUCGCGGUCCUCGCCUUCACGUUCGGCGGCGACGCUGUGCGAUCCGAGAUGAUGAACGAUGCAGCCACUGCUCUCAUUGGUGGUUCAGACUCUACCACGCCCGAAGAAUCACGCGAAGUCGCUCUUGCCUUGCCAAUUGCCCAACAAUCGUCAUCCACAACAUCGAGCGUUCGACCUUUGGCAUACACCGUGAUGGGUGCUCAGGCUUCAACAGAUUCGCACUUCAGUGGUCGAAGACAGUCAGUUGUGCGAGAAAGUGUGGAGAGGGAGGUCACAGAGACGACUGAUAUCGUCGAGGGUGUCGUGAAGAAAGUUGUGAGCCAUACGAUGGAGUGCGUGGCGCGCAACGUGGGAAAUACUAUAUGGCACUCGAUGAAGAACUCAUAAGAAAACGGUAUAGGGUCGUGAUGCAGAAGAGAGGUAGAAAACAUGCUUGUUUUACCGAGACAAGCUGAUCUCAGGAAAGACAGUUGAGAUGAGAGUGGGACUGGGUAUGAGAAGGGAGCCUCCAUUGAAAUGUAAUACCUUGAUGCCCUGUUGUCGUGCAUCAUAAUUUACACUCAACAUGCCAUCUCAGCACCCAUGUAUGUGAGAAGCGAAGAUAUG